CACUCCAUUCACCAAAUCGAUAUAGAAAUUCAAAAUGUUCAUGAAUAUGAUUGAUUUUGUUGAAAUGAAUUAGAACGAAUUAGUAUUUAUCAUCAGUAAUAAUUUAAGAUACCGGUGAAUACGAUUCGGUAGAUUAGCCAUAACUUUUUUUGAAUGUUUUUCAAUGUUUUUUUUUCAUACUUUGCUGGAAAUUCGACUACUUUAUUCUGAAUACACAGGGAACGUAUUUGAAAUACUUAAAUGUUUGGAAACGUAUAAAUGAAAGCCCUUUGAUUGUAUAUAGUUUAUUUUUACGUGAUGACGAAAUCUGCAUAAAGGUUUGUGAAAGUUUGGAGGACCAGUAUUUUUUUGUCCAUUUUUUUGAACCAGUAUAAAAUCAGUGAUAAAGCUGGACAAUUUAUGAAAUCGGACCAACAGUAAAUUAAGUUCUUCCUAAUCAUUGAAGUAACUAAUGAUUGUAAUAACGUAUGAAUAAUUUUGUGAAUAAACUAUUUUACUGUUGACCUAUAUUCUCCAUCAAAACAAACGUUACACCCACCAUGGGUAUAAACUUUUCGACGUAUAGUUUCUUAAAAAACGUUACCGGAUAUGUAACUGGUAAGGUAACUGGUAAGAAAAGGAGGCACUCCGAAUCAGAUGAAGAACAAAAUGAUAAGGUUGUUGAUGUUGUUCUGCAUACCCCUAAAAGGAAAAAACUUGAAAGCACUGCUAAUUACAUUUACCAAGCUCUCUUCGUCACGGGUACAAAUUCAGAUGUGACAGUUCGUGCUCUAGGUGAAGAGUUCCGUUUGCACAAGGUGUACCUGAGCCAGAGUCCCUACUUUGCCAGUAUGUUUGGUGGGUCUUGGCUAGAAACAACUAAAAAAUAUAUCACCAUAGAUAUUGUCGAUCCUACUAUAACACAAUCUUCUUUGAAAGUGGUGCUAGGAUCAUUGUAUAACUUUGAAAUAAGCCUGAACCCCAAGGAAAUUAUUCCUAUUUUGGCCACAGCUACUAUGUUCCAGUUGGACGGCUUGAUCGACAAGUGCGCAGAAGUCAUGCAGGAAACAAUAAAUCCCAAGACGGCGCUGGAUUAUUACAACGCAGCCAGUCAGUACAGCAACAAGAAAGUCCGGGAUGUAUGUUUCAAAUGGUUCCUGAUGAAUUUGAUGACCUACUACCACAACAAAUCUCUGUCCGAACUCAGAACCAUUCCGAUAUCUCUCCUAAGCAAAUUAGUGGCCCAUCCCGAUCUGGUUGUUAUCCAAACAGAUUAUUCCGUUUAUGUUAUGUUGAAGUUCUGGGUGUAUCUGCAAUUAUUUCCAGAAGGCAAUGUGCCUUCCUUAAAAACCGUCAAUGAGUACUUCUCUUCUAGGCCAGGCAGGGUUUCAUUUCUCCGUUCAUCAGACGGAAAACAGUUCAACAGUGCAUUCAGAGGGCUUAGAUUGCGUAACAUGUUUACUCACCAGUUUGAUGUGCAGAUACUAAAGCGAGAUAACAUUAUACCACACACGCAGUUAGAUUCAGUCCUUGCAAGUCUGUGGACGACUAUAUUGAGGGUGAAUCAGAAUAAGGACAAAGGUCCUAACGAAUUUCCGAGGGAAAUGUUCCUAGCAAGUAGUAUGAGGUGUGGUAUGGUUCUGCCUGUGAAAGAAAAACAAUGCUGGAGGUGGACGGGAUUCCAUUUCGGAAUCGACUUGGUGAUGAUAUCAGAAGGCUCUAAUAUAUCGAUAAAAAGGAAUAACAGAACUGAACUUGAUAGGCAACUUUUAAGUCUUCAAACGACGAGGCACAUAGCUAUAAGGUUGACAGUGAUUAAGCUGAACGAGCAACGCCAAAUCGUCUACACCAAACAAACAGACAUAAUGAAAGUGUCCCUCACGAAGGGAGAGGAAAUCCAGAUAAUGUCAUUGGACGAUAACAUCGAUAGGCCCAUCAUAAUAUCCGCUAACAUACUGUUCACAUCUCCGAACACAGAAGAAAUCCCAGCAGAUGAGAUGAGGUAGUCGAAUGUUCUAUAGCGACGGAUGUAAGCGUUGAGGUGUCUACGGGUAUGACUAGCGAUAAUCGCUGCUACUAAUAAGCUGACGUAAAAGGAAUCUCUGUCGGAGACUUUGAAACUAUAAUGAUUGGUGGCGUUUUUAUACAGCUAUAUUUUGGUUAGGGUGUCGAUCUGGUAUCUCCAAAUCGAGUUGGAGCAUCUUGAGAAAGGAGGUUAUAACUACAAAUAGUUCAAAAAUUCUGCCUGGCGGUCCAGGUAAUUUAAAUACGUAACUUUUACUUCAAUCAAUCAAAUUUUUUAAUUGCCUUAAUCAAUGAACUUCAUAACACUUGUUCACGGUGUGAUUGUUGAAUUAUGAUAGGAGAUGGGUCGGAAUUUGUUUGUCUAAACGAUAUUGUUCAUUUGAUUUGUUAAUCAGGUUAGGACAAUCAGGAGAUGACUGAAAUUUGAAUAUGUCUCCCUCUUUUUGGAGCAUUUUUACCUCUACAGUUUGAAACAAAUAUAAUUUUUAGAAGAAUUGUAUCCAGUUGCGAAGAUGGCAAACUUAUAGUUGACUUGAACACAAAAAUAUAUGUUCACUUGAACAUUGUAAUAUAACCUUAACAAAACAGUUACAUUACAAUUUUAUAUGUUACAUAGCAACAUGUUUGUUGAAGUGAAAUGUUACAAAAUAGAAUUUUUUUUUUUUGUAAUCGUCGGAAUUGUUUUUUGAGAGAAAAGGACAUGAUUUUAAAAUAUCCAUUUAGAUUGACAGUUGUUUCGAAGUAAUACCAUUUUACCAGGAAACUAAUUGAGGCAAUCUCAAAAAUCACGAUUAAUUUAAUACUAUCUGAUUAUAAUGAAGUGCAGAUCAACUAAUAACAAAAAAAGAGAUCAACUGAAAGCAAGAAAUUGAAGAGUUUUUAUAAAAUGAAUUAGUAUUUUCAACUGAAUGUUUUCAAAAGCUAUUGAAACACACCAUUUUUCUUGAGAAAUAAUACCUAUAAACUUUUACAUGCAGGAAAAACUUAAAGCAUUGUUCUUUGAAAUUUUCCUUUACAUCGAAAUCUUCAUUCUAGUGCAAAUGAAAACCAACGUGAAUACUUGGAAUUCAUUUUAAUUACCUCCAUUCCAAAUACAUCUUCAGCAUCUCAUCUAAAUAAAGAUAAUCGCUAAAGAAAAUGAGUCAUAACAUAACUAUAACGAAACAGUGUUCCAUUUUCAUAACAUCUUAUUACUGUUAGAGGUUGCCACUUCCAUUGUUCAAAAAGUGUUAACAAACUGGAAAUCAAAGGGAAGAAGAGAGUCAUGUUGAUGUUACGUUAAAUUUUUGUGGGUAUUGACAUUUUCUUCAGUGCUUAUUAAUAUACAAGAAAUUUUGUUUUUCCAACGACACUUUGAAUAUGCUGUCUUUUCACAAAUACAAAAUUUUUUGUGUGCGCUCUUUGAAGAUGAUAUAUUCAGUAUUUUUCAUGAUAGUCCCUCAAUAAACCGACAAGCCAAAACGUUUAUUUUCAAUAUAUAUCAAAACAAUCUGUUUUUUUUACAUAAAAAUUUUCUUUUAUUCUCUUGACUUUAGCAACAUUUUUCUUUCUAUGAAUUCGACAUGUUCCAAGACAAUACAUUGUUUUGUCCAAUUUCCUGCUGGCAUCCUGAAUAAGAUUUGCUUCUUCUGUCCCUAAUAUUCCAAGUAUGAAAGUGGUUUUAAAACAAUAUUUUAUAAAUUGUCACAUAACAUGUUACCUAUAUAAUUCAUCUGCUGUCAAAAGCAGCAACAAAAUAACUACUAUUUUGAUAGCUGUGUGGUUCAAUGAAAUUUGAAAAUAAUUACAAUCAUUUGGAGCAGGACUGAAUAUUACCCCUCCUUCUCUCUGUACAACUAAAUGUUCCAUCUCGAUUCGGAAGUACUAAAUUUCUGUAAUAGUCUGAUAUUAGACGAACGGGGCAUAUCUCCUUUGUUUAAAAAUUCAUCUCAAUGUUCGGAAAUGUAACCUGAUAAUUUAAUGUUUUGGGAAAAGUUGUCAGCUAAGAAUUAGAUUUAUCAAAUCAAGUCAUGACCAGAAAUUAUAACAAACUUGUUGGAUGUUCAUGAUGUUCUUUUAUGUUAUAUUUAUUUCUAUAUCAGAACCAGAUAGUUUACAAAGAAUUGAGGUAUUUUUAUUUAUGUACGAUGGAAGUUACCAAGUAAUCAUGAUGAAAAAUAUCACUUCAGAAGAAGUUCAUCUUCUUCUGAUAAUGAUCUUUUCUCUAACAUAUACCUACACGAAUCAAAAUACUUUAAUUUAGAAAAGGCGAGAGUUUUCCACAGAAAUAUUAAGUCACCUCAUGUUAGUAUAAAAACAUGGUUAUUUGACUCAACAAACUUGUAACUGAUGAUUAAAUAUAAGUUGACAGACAUAUGUAUUAGAUGUUGGGGUAAUUGUCUACAGGGUGCUUUAUUAAACUUACCCUUGUUUGAAUCAAGAUCACGAGGAUGAUAUUUGUCAAACGCUCUGUAGUAUUUUCUUCACAGAUCUUAGUUCUAAGCGUGUGAGUGAAAUAGAAGAUGAGACCUAAGGUAGAACACAUGGUAAAGUUUAAGGAGGAAGAACAUUCAAUAUCCUAGUUCGUUUUGACACAAGUUGACCCAUUUCAAUCAACUUUGUGUUGGAUAUUGUUCCCACCAUAUAAAAAUAAAUUCCACACAACCAAAAUUUGGUAAUAUCAUGGGUUUUACCUUAGGUUUGUGCGUGCAGAUAUUGACGAUUGUUUGCCUACGAGCAGCAUAAAGGUGGUAUAGUUUUCUUAUUCCGUAUAUUGUAUAUUCUAUUUUUUUAUAUGUAUGAAUAAGUGCUCUUAGUCAAAUAAACGCUUGAUGUUUCAAAAACAAGGACAUACACAAAUGUAUUAAUAUAUUAUUAUUAUUUAUGUGAAUUAUGUUUCAGUUAUUCCUUUAAAGUGGAAUCAAGCCACAUUUUCAUGAAAAAUACAGUGUUGGAAAGUUCGU